AUGGGGUGUUCGCAAUCAACGAUUAGGAUGGAGAACAAAGACGUUGUUAACCAAUGCAAGGAAAGAAAAGCGUUCAUGAAACAAUCAAUCUCCGCUCACUACGCCUUUGCCACCGCCCACUUCGCUUACGCCGCUGCCCUAAAAAAUAUCGGUGCCGCCUUCACUGAUUACGCCCUACGGGAGCUCCAAUUUGCCGAUCAUCUCCACCCGACGCCGCCACAUCCCCGUUAUGAUUCCCAUCGUCCUCCACCACAACCCGAUGGUGGUAGCAGAUUUCGUACAUCAAAACAAGAGACGGGAAACAAGAAUGUACCUCCUCCGCCGGGAAACGAUGGAAUCGUGCCGUGGGAUUUCUUUUUUACUUCAAUCGAGGAUGUCAUUGGGUCUGAAUUGACCGAAGUUGAUGGCAAGGGUAGUAGAAUCGGGAAACAUGAUAUUCAGAGGACGAUGGCAGAUGAUAAGAGGAGACAUGGCGGUGGUGGUGGCUGCCGUCAUCGUGCAGUUACGGAGAGUGAGAAAGAACCACCAUUGUCAUCCAUGAAAGAAGAUGUGGAGAGUAUGGACUUGUUACAGGUAAUUACAGAGAUCGAUGAUGGUUUUAUGAAAGCUUCAGAGAGUGCUCAUGAGGUUUCAAAGAUUAUUGAGGCCAAUAUGUUGCAACACGAUUCUAAUUCUGCAGAUAAUCCUGGCCAUACUGAUCAUUCUACAAGAGUCACUACAUGGAAACAUUUGUUUAAAGGAUACCAAAUUUCUAAUCAUGAUGAGGACAAUUAUGCUCCCAAAGAGAAACAAACUCAUUACAUGAUACUAGACAAUAUACUAGUAUGGGAGAAGAAGCUAUAUGAUGAAGUCAAGGCAGGUGAAGAGAUGAAAUAUGUGUACAAGAAAAAGAUUGCUUCACUAAACAAACUUAAAAAGCGAGGAACAAGUAGCGACUCAUUGAUGCGAAUGGUAAGUCAUCUACACACAAGAUGCAUUGUGCAAAUGCACUCCAUUGAUUCAACCGUUUCAGAAAUCAAUCGCCUUCGUGAUGAGCAAUUGUACCCAAAACUAGUUCAACUUGUUAAAGAGAUGGGCGCAAUGUGGGAGAGAAUGGGAAAGCAACAUGAAAACCAAUGGAAGAUGGUGCAGGAGUUGAUCAAAAUCUCUCAAUCGCGGAAUGAAACAAGCGAGGACAAUCAUAGCAACACAAAACAAUUCCAUGUUCAUGUCAAGAUGUGGUGUUUUGGAUUUCAAAAACUCAUUCUACACCAGAAGGAGUAUGUUAAAUCUCUCGUAAAUUGGCUAGAAUUAAACCUCAUAUGUAUCAACAACAACUUAAUAAACAAAGCUUCCUCUCAGCAAAAGCCUCAAAACCCUAAGAUUCAGUCAUUGUUACGUACCUGGCAAGAUCAACUCGAGAAGCUUCCAGAAGAAGGUGCCAAAACCGCCAUCAACACUUUCGCGGCUGAAAUUCAUACCAUAAUUCACUAUCAAUCAGAUGAGAUGCAGAUGAAAGAGAGGUGUGAGGAAACUCGUAGGGAGAUAACCAGGAAAUCACGAAAGUUUGAGGAAUGGUGCGAUAAACAGAUCGCGAAGAGAACUCCAACAGAUGUGGUGGAUGAUAUAGAGGUGAUUGCGGAGCACCAGAUUGCAGUAGAGGCGUUGAAACGCAGGUUGGAGGAGGAGGAGGAGGCAUAUCGACGACAAUGCAUUCAGGUGAAGGAUAAGUCAUUGAUGAAUAUGAAAACCGUUUGGGAAAUCAUAGUCCCCUUUGAUCAUAUUGAGGGUAGAUUAGAUUUCUCGGUGGUCAAAGUUGUAAUCCUUACUGGUACAAAGAAAAAAAUUAAUGAAGAAAUUAGAGUGGAAGCCGAAGGGAAAAUAUUUGAUGUUGGGUUGGUUGAGUAUGAAUACGAACCAUGGUUCCCCUUCAAGUUCGAAAAUGAAGAGCAACCGUACGAGUCAGAGUCGAAUUAUGCAACAUCUGUGGUAGAUUCAGACGAAGAAGUUGAAGCCUCGGAUGAAGAUGAAGAAGGUGUAUCAGGAUAG